AUGUCUACACCGUCCAGACCAAAGCGGCUUCCUAACUACGCUGUUUUGACGGACCAGGCUGCCGCACACUACGCACGCUCAACACACGAAGGGGGCUACGACUUGCUCCCAACAGAGCUCUACUGGCAACGGCGUCAGCGUUACCUUCAUAAAUCUGGCUAUAUCCUUAGACCUCGCUAUGUUCCCAAGUGGAGGCCGUCAUGGAUAGACACAAAUUUGGAUCCUACUUACUGUGAGGACUCCAUCAUGCUCCUUGAAUACCAAGUCAUUGAUGCGACGCGUGUUUCCAACAGCGAGCUCGUCGCAAUCAAGUCGUUUCUCAUAGACGAGGAUAAACAGGAGCUGCAAAUCUCCCAGUUCUUCGCGUCCAUCGAGGACCCCAUGAAUCACUGUGUUACAGUUCACCAAAUUCUACCUGAUCCAUUCGAUUCGCAUUCAGCAUUCAUGGUCAUGCCAUACCUGAGACCAUGCAACGACCCCGACUGGAGCACCUUGGGAGAUGUAGUUGACUUCGUCGGUCAGACGAUGGAGGGCUUGGCGUUCAUGCACAGGUACCGGGUAGCGCAUCGGGACAUCUGCAUCCCCAACAUCAUGAUGGAUGCCAAGGCGCUCUACCCAGACGGGCACCACCCGGUGCGCCUCGGAUACACUCCCGACGCUUUAUACCGAGUCUCUCCUCUUCCUCGAGCAGGACGUUCCAUUCGGUACUCUUACAUUGACUUCGGACUGUCACUCCGAUUUCCUGCGGGCACUUCUCCCUUAGCCGUCGGAGUCGUCGGACGAGACAGGGAGGUCCCAGAGUUGUCCAACAGCGUUCCGUACGACACCUUCAAGGUCGAUAUAUUCGCCUUGGGCAACCUCUAUUCCAAGGAGUUUGAGCAGAAAUACAAGGGCAUGGAGUUUCUCCUUCCAUUGAUUGCGCGCAUGACUCAACGUUCGCCGACCGAUCGACCAACUGCGGAGCAAGCGCUCCAACAGUGGGAGGGCAUCCGUCAAGGUCUUGCCAAGUCUACCUUCCGCUGGCGCCUUUCUCCCAAGUCCGAGCCUCCGCUCGAGCGUGUACUCAACGACACUGUUGCCGUCGCCUGGGAGAGCAUCUACCACAUCAAGAAGUUCGUCACGUAGCGUCUCGUCGGUUCCUCUAUCUUUGUUGUAUAUCCUGCUGUCGUCGCAUGCGCUUUCUAGACUUGUCUCAGCCUGGUGGACGUUCC